AUGGGCGGCAGAUGCACAAAGCCGGAGACUGACGCCGAUGGCGGCGGCGGCGUGGUCGGGCCCGGGGGCAAACGCGCGGAGUCCUCCGGCGCGGCCGCUCGGCAAUCCGCGGAUGCCGUUCGGGGCGCCGAUCCGGGGUCUCCCUCGAGCCACCGAGGGUCGCGUCGCGCGUCCGCGGACGGCCCGAGCGGCCGCGGCGGCGCGUCGUCAGGCCCGGGCGGCGGAGGCGGUGCGUCAUCGUCGUUCAGGAGCCUCGGCGGCGCCUCCUCCGCGUCGUACUCGUCGAUGCCCGGCGUGCACCCCGGAGUCCCGGCGCCGUUCUCUUUCGCCGGGGGCGACGGACGCGCAUCCUCCGCGGGGGGCGGGCACGGACCGGGCGCGCGGGGAUCCAUCGGGGGAGGCUCGCGCGGCGCGCGGGGCAUGACCGCGGCGGAGGCGGAGAUCUCCCGUCUCCGCGCGUGCGUCAAGGAGGCGGAGGGUAAGCUCGUCGAGGAGCGGCUCAUGUUCGGCGCCAUCCUCGAGGAGGAGAGGGAAAACGCCAGGAGACUUCGCGAGCGAGCGAGGCGCGAGUCGGAGUCCGGGGCGGGAACGAGCCGCCCGCCGGUGAUACACACGUCGAACGGCGCGCUACUGGACAGGCGGUACCUCGCGGGGAUGACGUCCGUUGACGGAACGGCGGCGGUUGCGGCGAUCGACGUGGACGGCGUAGCCGUGGACGUCGAGAGUAACUCGCUCGCGGGGACGUCUUAG